CGAAAUAGAAAUCGGCGGUAGUCGGUCACGCUGAUUUAAUUUAAGAAGGCGACAGCCGACAAAUGAGAGCAGGCAACAAAGUAACUCGCUCGCAUCGCAUUCCUAUCCUAUCCAAGCUCAUUAAUCAAUCAGUCGAAUCAUCACUUCAUGGCGAAUGUGGCGAGAAUCAAGCUAGGGCAGGGGCUGGAGGUCUCCAAACAGGGGCUAGGAUGCGCGGCGAUGACUGGCAGCUACGGCCCGCCCAAGCCCGAAUCGGAGAUGAUUGAACUCAUCCGCCACGCCAUCAACUCCGCCGGCGUCACGUUUCUCGAUACUUCCGACGCCUACGGCCCCUACCACAACGAGAUUCUCGUCGGCAAGGCUUUGAAAGGAGGGGGAAUGAGAGAAAAAGUGGAAAUAGCUACCAAGUUUGGAAUAUCAAAGAAUGAGAAAUGGGAGUUGGAGAUAAAUGGUCGCCCCGAAUACGUGAGAGCUUCAUGCGAGGCUAGCUUGAAGCGCCUCGAUGUUGAUUGCAUCGAUCUCUAUUAUGCUCAUCGGAUUGAUACUCGUGUGCCCAUCGAAGUCACUAUGGGAGAACUUAAAAAACUUGUCGAAGAGGGAAAAAUAAAGUACAUUGGCCUCUCCGAAGCCUCUGCUUCGACAAUCAGAAGAGCUCAUGCUGUUCACCCGAUAACUGCUGUUCAAAAUGAGUGGUCUUUGUGGGCAAGAGAUAUAGAAGAAGAGCUAGUUCCGACAUGUCGAGAACUCGGCAUUGGAAUCGUUCCUUAUAGUCCCCUUGGGCGCGGCUUCUUUUCAUCGGGUCCAAACGUGGCUCAGAACUUGCUAGACAACGACAUCCGCAAGAUCCAUCCGAGGUUCCAGGGCAAAAAUCUCGAGAACAACACGGUGGUGUACGAACGUGUGGCAGAAAUGGCGACAAGAAAAGGAUGCACUCCGUCUCAACUAGCAUUGGCAUGGCUUCACCACCAAGGAGACGACGUGUGCCCUAUCCCGGGUACAACCAAGAUCCCAAACUUGAACCAAAACAUCGGAGCUCUCUCUGUGAAACUAACUCGGGAAGAGAUGAAUGAGUUGUGCUCGUUGGCUGAUCUUGUGAAGGGAGAUCGGCAUCCCUUGAUGUCGACUACCUGGAUACAAGCCGACACCCCGCCGUUAUCUUCUUGGCAAGGUUAGCGGCAACCAUACAUACAUGUACUGCUUCUAAUUUCUAAAGUGCCAUUGGUAGGUUUCCAAAUAUACUCUCAAUAAAUUCUCAAUUAAAUGCAAUAGUUUGCAAACUAUGUCAUUGAGGUUGUCUUUCUAUAGGGAAAAUUGCAAAAAAAUAUUUCACAUGCA